AUGUCGAUGGAGAAUACCCCAGAUCACAGCGCACCCUCCUCACAGCCAUCUCGCCAACCGCGUCGACCUCCAACCUUCGUCUAUCCCGUCAGAUCCUUGCUCGAAGGCAUUCAGCAGGCAACUGAAGCAAGCGAGCAACCACGGCUUCCGUCCUCCCAGCGAAAUGCUGUCGAUGAAGAGAAACGCCGAUGCAAGACUCCUCAGGUUGGCCCAUCCAUCGCAAUAGUCCCUGCAUCGCCCACCGAAUACACUUCAUCGGAAAAAUGUAGUGUUACGCGUCAAAGGGCGUCCAGUACGUCUGGCAUACCCGAUUUUCCCCCGAAGUCACGACCAGAAGGCAAGACCAAAAGCCAAAAAGUGGGGCGAAAGAUAUCACCCAAUUUUCGACAUUUUCCUGCCGGUGAUGAUCCCUCUUCUCAACCCACAUUUUCCACCCCGACAUCCAACUUGAUACCGGCGUCGAACCCAACUUGUUUGGCCCACAUAGAAACGGUCUCUCCUACUAUUCCAGCGGAUCGUGUGCUAGGUCAAAAUAUCCUCAGUAUCCCUCCGAGAUCACCUUUACCUCUCGUGGCAGCCGAAGCUCUCGCGACUAUUAGCCCCACCCUCCUUCCCACCCCACGAACCAGAGAGACUUGUCUCAGUCACCCCUUACCACGACUCCAACAACCGAAACAGCUCCACAACUAA